CGCCAUAGGCAAGUACGAGGGAAGCCGAGCGCGCCAUGACGGGCAACGCCAGCGAGGCAAGGCGAGACGAGAAAGGAACGGAAAAUUAUCACCGUCGGCGCUGUCAUCAAUAUGGAGGACAUCGUGCGACGAUGCCGCCGUACCGUUGCGCCGCGUGCCACCAGGAACUGAGGGAUCGCUCGGCACGUCUCGGGACUGUCCACCAGCUAGAAUAUCGUGGAAACUCACCAAACGUCACCGUAGAACACGAUUGUCGACGCUAUUCGGACCGAUGGGUUGAUAUGAAGCCACCAAAUAUACACGUAAACCCACGAUCGUCGCGUGAGGGCGUUGUAUAAGAGCAAAUAUGGCC